AUGCAGAUUGACGGGAUUCCAGAUGUCGGUGAUCAGCCCUGUCAGCCUCGCCGUGCUUCAUUUCCAAAAGUUUCGUUUGGGAAAAAAGCCCCAAAAUCAAGAUCAUUUCAAGCUGCUUGGUUCGACAACUGGCCUUGGCUUCAUUGGCACGACUCCGUUGAGAAAGUGUUCUGUCACGUCUGUGUGAAGGCUGCGAAGUCUGGCAAGCUGAAAUGCAAGACUGCUGAGCAGGCAUUCAUCUAUCGCGGAGUUCAAAACUGGAAUGAUGCCACCCGCUUAUUUCGUUCACACGCGAAAUCAGACUGCCACAGAGAAGCGGUUGAGUCACUGAUCACGCUACCUGCCACAACAAAGCACGUUGGUGAACUACUAAGAACUCAAUUGGUUGAAGACAGAAAGAGAAACCGGGCCAGCCUCCUUCGCAUUCUCAGGGCGCUGAGGUUCCUGGCACGUCAAGGUAUUGCCCUCCGCGGUUCCGCCCUCACCAAAGAGAUUGAUAGCAAUUUGUCACAGCUCCUUCGUCUUUUUUGUGAGCUUUCUACAGAUCUCUCCGAUUGGUUGCAGAAAAAGACAAAUAAGUACACAAGUGCAGACAUACAGAAUGAGCUGCUGAAGGUGAUGUCACUUCGAAUUCUUCGAGAUGUCUCAGCCAAACUUGAAGGCACACCAUACACCAUUAUGGUAGACGAAACCACUGACGCAAGUACCCAGGAGCAGGUUGUAAUAGUUCUACGAUGGGUGGAUGAAGACCUAGAGCCUCAUGAGGAUUUUAUUGGGCUGCACAUCACUGCUUCAACUGAUGCUAAGUCCAUUGUAGCAAUUAUCAGGGAUGUUCUUGUUCGUAUGAACCUUAGUCUGACCAACUGUCGUGGUCAGUGCUAUGAUGGUGCAGCUGUGAUGAAAGGAUGUCUAUCAGGAGUUGCUGCUCAACUCACUCAAGAUGAACCACGAGCAUUGUUCACUCACUGCUAUGGUCAUAGCCUCAAUUUAGCCUGCCAAGACACCAUCAAAGACAUAAUCCCUAUCAAAUAUGCCCUUGACACAACAUUUGAACUGUCAAAACUUCUCAAGUACUCAGCAAAAAGAAAGUCUGAGUACAAGCGACUUCAAGCUGAGAUGGCUCCUCAAGACCCUGGAUUUAGGACACUAUGCCCUACGAGAUGGACCGUUCGAGCAGCUUCUCUACAGAGUGUUAUGCAAAACUUUUCGGUCAUCCAAUCCAGCUUAGACAGUUUUGCAGAUAUGGCAAAACGAGACCCAGAGAUGUCUGCUCGGUGUACUGGUGUUGCUGCUCAGUUUUCUUCAUUUGACUUUCUCUUUGGAGUAGCAUUAGGAGAAAAAGUCUUGAAGUUGGUUGACAAUCUGAGCAAAGCUCUUCAGCACAAGAAGAUGUCUGCUGCACAAGGUCAAGUGUUAGCAGAACUUACCAUCAAAUCUCUUGCACUAAUGCGUACAGAAGCUGAAUUCUCAAAUUUCUGGGAAAAGUUGAUAGAGAAACAAAGCAAAGAAGAUGUUGCAGAGCCUUCCCUUCCUCGGAAAAGGAAGCGUCCUUGCCGAUAUGAUGAAGGAAGUUCGGGACACUUCGCAACAUGUAUAGAAGAUCAUUACCGGGUUAUGUAUUUUUCCGCUUUCGAUAUGGCAAUUCAGUCUAUCAAAAGCAGAUUUGACCAGCCACACUAUAAGAUAUACAGCAAGCUUGAAUGCACACUUCUGAAGGGUGCUGCUGGAGAGAGCUAUACGGAUGACCUGUCUAUCAUACAGGAGUUGUACUGCACAGACUUUGACAGCAAUAUCCUCCAGACGCAGCUAUUGAUACUGUAUUCUCACUUUAGAGAAACGGCAGUCACACCAGCCCUGAUGGAUGUUGUGGACUAUGUUAAGUCACUAGGGAAACCCGGCCAACUGCUGUUGUCUGAGGUGGUCAAACUUAUACGCUUGAUCCUUGUUGCUCCUGCAACAAAUGCAACUAGUGAAAGAACGUUCUCAGCUCUCCGCAUUGUUAAAACAUACCUUCGGUGCACUAUGACACAGGCAAGGUUAAAUCACCUUUUAAUGUUGCAUGUGCACAAAGAAGCAUGUGAUAGUCUUGAUCUAGAACUAUGCAUAGAUGAUUUCUGUAGGGAAUCAGAACACAGAAGAAACAUUUUUGGCUCAAUGUAGAUUUACGUACAGAAAUAGCCUUGUAAGGUUUGACACAUGUUGUUCUAGUAGUUACUAAGUGUUAAUCUUGCGUUCUCUGUAUGGUAUUCAAGCUUUUAGAGAAAUGUUUAGCGUGCGUUAACCGUUAUAUGAUCACGCCCACCUAGCGCGCGUUAGGCCGGACUACUUUAAAUUUGCUUCCGACGCCUCUGUUCAUCUUUAUUUGUAUCUAGACAGGGACGCGUCAUAUGAAUAUAAACUAGGUACAUGCACAUGCACUCAAGAAUCAUCUGCUUUCCAUGUUCUCUAUGACAGCCUGCUAGCCAUACAGUCCCGCGGUAACUUGGCAACAAUUUCCAUGCCAGCACACCAACGUCUUCUCCCUACCGGGCUAAGUUUUCCAACGCUUUCUGACGACUUCCCAUCUUCCCACUUGACGGAAAAUACGUCUAGAAGAAA